CUCCUCACCCCACCCUAAAUCCAGACAGGUAAGUGCAAGUGAGCACUAAUCUAUCAUCAGUUAGUGCUGACAGCGAGGACUGAACAAGUUCCGAACACUCACUCAACCUGCAGGCAGAACAAAAGGUUUCACUGCUGACAUCAGAGAAAGUUUGAACAGCCAAUAAAAAUGGGGCGCGAGUUCCGAGCCAUCAUUCUCCUUUCCUGCUUGUGCCUGAUUGGUCAGACGGCAGGUAAAUUUAUAAUAGGGAAACGUGGAGAAUAUGAUAAAGGCUCAAAAGAGGGGGCAGGAAUAUGUCGGGGUUGGGAAAAUGAUCUAAGGAACAAUCUCAGCGCUCCAGGAAAUAUCACGGAUUAUCUUAAAAACCUUAAUGAGACUAUCAGGAAUCUGAAUCCACGUUGUGUCCAGACAUUCAGUCUUAAUGUCACCCCUUCCAAUUUGGUGGAGCUGAUGAAACUCUUAAAUGUGAAAUAUGAUUACCUUAAGCCAGGUACCAGGAAGCAGAUUUAUAAGUGGGUUGAAAAAAUUUAUACAAAGAUGUCAGGACCUGGAAUGAGCACCUGGAAACCCAAACCUAAUGAGAGAAAAACAGGAAAGCCAACCAAUAAUUACAACGAAGAGAAAGGCAAGGGUAAAGGCAAAAACCAUUGGAUCACCCUUGAAGUCCUGAACAUACUUGGCCAUUUCAUUGUCCAAGCCCCUACCUCCAUUCUCAAGAACAUUGCCGGAGGUAAAGAUAGUACGAUAUGUCAGUUUUUCAACACUUCUUCUGACCUUUUGGACAAACUGUUUGAUCUUACACCCGUGCAAGCUCGCAUAUUCUUAAAAGGACUUGAUGAAUGUGCCAAUAUUGACAUCAUGAAUGAAACAGUAAUUGCCAACCUUGGUCAGCUAGUGUGUUUCUAUCCUGUCAAGCAACUGAAAUCACUUAAUGAGAUAGCAAGAACUGCUUUGCAGAACAAACUGCUCAACUGCACAAGGAAUAUAAAGAAUAUCUACCAGGUCCUGGUGGAGGUUUUUGCUGUCAACAUUUCAAGUGCUGAAAAUCUAAAAAAGCUGGGAGCUGCUGCGGUUGGGCUUAAAGUCAGUCAAUUGUCCAAUCUUUCGAGUGAGAUUGUUGCAGGUGCUGUCAGUGAACUGAAAAAGGUCAAAGGAUGGUCCAAAGGCCAAAUCAAAGCCAUUGUCAGAAAAUAUCAGAAAAAUGAAAAUGUCACAGCUGACAAAUUGAAGAAUCUAGGGGUUCUGGCCUCUGGUGUUAGUGCAAAUACAUUUGAAAAGCUCAAUGGCCAGAAAUUCCUAGAAGUCUUUUCUGAAAAGGAUGUGGCAGAAUCCUUGAACUUCAUGUUGCCAGUACAGAAGAAAUCUAUCAUGAAAAUGAUCUUGCAGUCAGUGAAGAUUGAUUCAGCUCUGGAAUCACUUCCAGAUUUAUUGGUGCCACAAGUUCCAGUAAGAAAACUGGAAAAGGCUGGCAGCAUCAUUAAUUUAGACUUCUUGAGCAAGGACAAGCCUUGGAACAAGGGUCAGUCUGUUGCCGUCAUUAAUCGUGUUAAAGACCAACUCAAUGAUGUUAAAAAUAUGAGUAAACUGAAGGCUGUUGUCAAAGGAAUUCCAUGUAGCCUCAUUAACUCACUGAAUCCUGAUGUGGUGAAGGCACUUGCAAAUAAUCCCCUUGUUUCGAGUAAUCAGAUUCGCUGCUUUUCCGUCAAAUAUUUUAAAGAGCAGAAGACCAGCAGACCAAAUUAUUUCAGCAACCUGACACUAGAAGAUAUUAAUGAAUUCCUGGACUCAUACAUGAUUUUUCAACCGGAUAUUAAGGAAUUGAAACUCAUUCCACGAGGUUUGUGCUCUAACAUGGUUGAGCUCAUAAGCCAGGCCAAUAUUACAAUGCUACCUCGAAGCUCACCCAGACGUAAAGAACUUCUCGAUUAUUCCACCAAUUGCCUGAAUUUGACUGCAUCCUCAAUGACAGGGGAACAAGGUGACAGUUUGGGAUUCCUGGUCUGUGAAUUUAGUCCUGAAGAUAUUAACAACUUUAACGACACCGCGUUCCUUGCAAUUGUCGAUCAACUUCGAGAAUGUGGACAAUUUGACAAAGGGAAGAAAAAUGCUCUGAGACAGAAGAUCCUGUCAGCCUAUCCGCCUCUCUCAAACUGGACAGUUGAUGAACUCACUGAGUUGCGUACCUUGCUAGCAGUUCUACAACCUGAUGAUUUUAAAUCAAUUCCCAACAAUGAUGACAUCCAAACGGCACUGAAGGAAAUCCUCUCCAAUCACAAGUCUGUUAAGGAUUCUAACCUUCCUGAUUUUAACAACUCUCCUGACCUCUCUUUACUUUAUAAAAAACGCUUCGAUAUUCUGAACAACACCUCUGGGAACAACAGGAGAAAAUGGGCUGCAGAUUGUACAAAACGUCCCACCUUAGAGGAAAUUGAAAACCUUGGUCAAGCAAACAAAUUGUGGGCUGCUGAACAAUUGAGUUGCAUUUCAGUUGAAGACUUCAUAAAUUCGCUGGACACACUGACUGAGGUCACAGGCUUCAACAAUACUCAGCUGAGAGCAUUAGCAUCGAAGGCCCUGGAGGCUUACGGCAUGGAUAUCACAAACGACGAGCUCGCCUCUCUGGAAAAGAUUACACUUGGCUUCAGUGAAGAUGAAGUAAAGAAGCAUUUCACUAAACCUGAUAUCGAUACUAUUGGUGCAAUCUCAGAAUACAAGGAUUGGGCCAGCAUUGAGUAUUCCUCACGAGCCGAGACCAUCAUGAAGAACUUUUUGGGUGAGCGACAAUGCAGUGCAGUCAGUGGCACAGAGCUGGUGGCUAUGGGCUAUUUCCUUUGUAGCUGUUGGCCAGAUCAGAUCAAGAAAAUUAACGUGACAGCCUACAGUGCUGCUGCCAAGGAUGUUGGGAAUGUGAUGUGUCCUAAGACAGAGACUCUAGUUGCUUUGAAGGAAAAGGCAGUGGAGGCAUUUCCCAAAGUGGGAAGUUGGACUGGUGCAGAUUUACAAGAGAUGGGAGUAGUAGCAGCUGGGCUCAGUGCUGAAGAAGUGGCCAAACUGAUGACAUCUGCAGUAUCAUUCUUGACUCCAGAAGCUGUCUCCCGGUUCCCUCCGAAAGUCUUUUCGGCUAUGAAUGUGGAGCAAUUGAGAAAUUUGGGGCCACAAAAUUAUGGUGCUGUAACUGAAACACAGAAAAGAGAAUUGUCAAAGGAAAAGCUUGAUGCCUUGAAUGAAAAUGCAGGAUAUGCACGAGUCAUUGGUGGUGCAGGCUGUAUCUACUGGAACCCUGUGAUGAUGCUGACCCUUCUGGUUCUCAGCUUGACAGCGGCACUUCAUUAAAAUGUGAACUAAAGAAUUGGGAAAUUCACUGUUGCUGAGAGUGAUGCCAAGCAAAGCCCAAAUGCAAUUACCCAUUGAAGUUUCAGGUUAAAAAUAAUACAAUUAUAAAGACCGUAGAUUCCUGCCCAUUGACAUUACUGAGAUAAUUGGCCAACCACAUAAAAUGCUGUAGAUAAAGAAAUGGAAUUUCUCACUAAAUCUAUUAAAACUGAUAAUAUCAAUACAUUCUGUUGGCAGCUUCUACUUUAAUUUUAAAUGUCAGUCAGCUCAAAUCUUGCUGGAAGGUGUGAUCGGCAAAAUGGUGAUAGCCAGUUUGUCCAAGAAACUUGUUCAUUAUGGUUUAUAGAACUUAUGACUUGAAGUGCAGGGGGCUAUUUUUGCUCAUAAGUAGUAUCCGGCUGAUGUUACAGUCAGCAUGUGAUAGGGAAUAGAAGGCGUAAGUGUAGUGAUCACUGCUGGUUUGCUGUUCUAUUAACCUUUCGAUGGGGACAGAGAUCAUGUAAUGCAGAAGGUAAAUGGCUGUAUAAAUAAUACUUGGUCUAUAUGAUCUCCUAGUCUUGAUUGCUUGAGGGAGCUGAGUCUUUUUUUGCCUCUUCCAGGAGGUUUUCCAGCUGUGCUGGGUGCGCGGGAUGAGGUGGGGCA